AUGAAAUUAAUUAUCGAUCAAUUUCUUCCAGAUUAUAAUACUGAAUUACGAUGUGGUAGUGACAUAAUCUUAGAUUCCAUGGUACACUACAUAUCCUCAAAUGUCUCCGGUAAUUCUCAUAGUAAAGAGUGCAUUUGGAGAAUAAUUGUACCAGAUGACGAUCUUUAUCGCGUUUCACUCCGAUUUGAGUCAUUUGAAGUUAAGGAUGAUGAAAAUUGUCAAUAUAAUUAUGUUGAAAUAAGAAAUGGUUUAUUUUCUACAUCACCACUUUCCGAACGCUUUUGUGGACAGUUGCCUCCAAACAUUUACUCGAUUGGACGUGAGCUUUUUAUAAAAUUUGUCAAUAAUAAACCUGAGGAGAAUAACUGGUUUUAUGCUAAGCUGGAAAAAGAAUUCGAUAAAUGUCUUAUGGUAAAUAAUGGUUGUGAACAUUAUUGUUUAAACACAUGGUAUGGAUAUAAAUGCACCUGUUAUAAAGGAUUCGAACUGGAUAGUGAUGGAAAACAUUGUAAAAAUAAAUAUGAUGAAAGUGGUACCAUUGAUAGUUCAGAUUGUGUUAACACUAAUGACACUGAAGAAUUCUAUUGCGUAUGGAGAAUAGUUGCCCCUCCACGUUAUAGAAUAGUCAUGAACUUCACGUUCUUUGAUUUAGAUAAUACAGAAGAGAAAAAUUAUUAUGAUUGCCCGAUAAAUAGUCAUAUAGUAAUUAUGAAUAAGGUGGGUAAUUAUUCAUUUCAAAUGGGAGGACCCUAUUGCGGUACUAAUGCACCUCCAGUGACACUUUCUCCCAAAGAUGCAGUUGAUGUUAUAUUUCAUAAUAAUAAAAGAGCCGCUAAUUCAUACUUUUUGGCUGAAUAUUAUACAGUUAAAGAUGAAUGUGCGUUUAACAAUGGAGGAUGUAUAUUUCAAUGUCGGAAGACGAUUAACUCCUUUGAGUGUGUUGAUUCUUGUCAUGAAAUCAGUCUACCAGAUGAUUAUACCGAUGAAUCUUAUUAA